GAGGAUUUGAAUUAGGUUCCUGAAAACUUCGGGCACUUGGAGUUCCCCAGAUGGGAUCUAUUUACAGGAUAUCGCCUGUUUGUUUUACUUCAUGGUUUGCCAACAUUUCCUGUGUCUUCACAGGAACAGAGAAAGUACUUAAGAAGGGAUAGAGUGGUAAACAGCAUCAGCCCCUAAUGUUCCUCCUCAGUCAAUCUUCACUGAAUGAGAGCACUACAUUCAAUUAACCUUUUGGAGUAUAAGACUGGAGAAGUGCAUCCAAGUUCUGUUCUGGCAUGUUAAAGGAAGGAUACACAGGCGUGUGGACAGAGCCCCCUCUGAAGUGCAUGCUUCAGUGCUUUGGGAGCUCUGUAGAUGGGCUGGCUUUCUGGUUCGUGAGGAUGAUUUUUCCUUGUUUCAAUGUCAGUGUCAGCUAUGGUAGGCUCGGUUUACAUUAAGAACUGCUUGGUGUUGAAAGUUGUAUUAAAAACCACCCCCACUUCCUUGCAGUACAAACAAAAAAAUACCCUAAAGAUACGAAGCCUGUUAAAAGAAGCUGAUGAGAUUUCCAGGAGGAGCCAGGGAGAUGUGAAGCCACAAGGAGUCUGAGGGCCCACGGGAAGAGUUGUGGUAACAGGCUCUCUUCCCCGAAACCAUGCCAGAGAUGACAGAGAAUGAGACACCUACUAAGAAGCAACAUCGAAAGAAAAACCGGGAGACACAUAAUGCAGUGGAGAGGCAUCGAAAGAAGAAGAUUAAUGCUGGGAUAAACAGAAUUGGAGAACUCAUUCCCUGCUCUCCAGCACUUAAGCAGAGCAAGAACAUGAUCCUAGAUCAGGCCUUUAAGUAUAUAACAGAAAUGAAAAGACAGAACGAUGAACUUCUGUUAAAUGGAGGGAACAAUGAACAGGCUGAAGAGAUAAAAAAACUUCGGAAACAGCUGGAUGAACUGCAAAAGGAGAACGGGAGAUACAUCGAACUACUGAAAGCAAAUGAUAUUUGCCUGUACGAUGACCCUACAAUCCACUGGAAGGGAAAUCUCAAAAAUGCAAAGGUCUCGGUUGUUAUUCCCAGUGACCAGGUUCAAAAGAACAUAAUUGUCUAUUCAAAUGGGAGUCAACCCAAUGGAAAUAACCAGGGAGCAUCUGUCCAGGGAAUAACAUUUAAUGUUGGUCACAAUUUACAAAAGCAAACAGCCAACGUUGUGCCAGUCCAGAGAACUUGCAACCUAGUGACUCCUGUGACAAUUUCUGGUAUUUACCCCACAGAAAACAAGCCAUGGUCACAGACUACAGUUUCUCCACUGGCAUCUGGUCAGGCAGCUCCAGCAGGAAACAUUCUUGAGCUUUCCACCCCAGAGAACGAGCGAGGCAUUGCUACUGCCAGCUCGCAGAGUGCAUCUCAAUCUGGAACAGAACAGGAACAUUCUUCAAGUAAUGCACCACAGGAUGAUCAAAAUCUCCCCAAAGGUAAAAAUGAGGAGGGCACUAAAUUAACAAAGAAAACACUCCUGGAGGGAACCAGCCUUCCUUCCAGUGCCUCCACAGGAGCCUCCCAAGUUCAACAAGUGAAUACAACUUGCUCAAGUACACACAACUCUAGGAGUGAUCUCCAGGAAAGCUCUGUCGUUUCAACCACAGACACAGCUUGUGUGCCAUCUGUGAGGCUGUCAACUGCAGAUAGUUUUUCCUCUGUAAACGUCCUCAAAAGUACAGACUUACUAGGUAGUGCUGGAACCCCUGUGUCUUCUGCAGCAGAAGGAGUUAAGUCAGCGAUGGAAAUAAGCACUCUGUCUGCCAGUCCCCUGGAGAACUGUUGGUCUUUUUCAGGCUCCUCAGGUGUUGGCGCUUCAGACUUGAAAAACAUGAGUAGCCUUACACGGAUGCCUUCAGCUGGAAACACACAGACCACAUGGACAACUUUGCAGCUAGCAGGAAAUACUGUUCAGCCACUAAGCCAGACGCCAUCCGGUAUAAUGACUGCACUAUUAAACGAGCCAGGUAGUGGUGCUGGUGCCGUGUCUUCUGCUCACAACAGGCCUUUGACUACAAGUAUCAGUUUGAAUACUUCUCUGCCUGGGGAUGGCCAGACAGCUGAACAGAUUGUAGUUACCUUGCCCUCGUGCCCACCCUUACCUCUGCAGCCAUUAAUUAGCCAGCCACAGGUUAAAACUCAGGCUGCAGGGAAUAUCCUUCCAUUAAAUUCAGCUAUGCAGGUGAUUCAGAUGGCUCAGCCAGUUGCAUCAGCUGUUGCAGGAGCACCAGCUAACCAGAACGUCAUCAUUCUUCAGCCUCCAAACCCUGCCCCAUGCCCUCCGAUUGUGAGAGCAGAAGUUCCCAGCCAAAACGUUAGUCAGCAGAUUGUAAUUAUACAAGCUGCUAAUCAGAAUCCUCUUCCCCUCCUCUCUGCUCAGCCUUCUGCUGCCGUAAGAGUUCCCAUGAAUGGGCCAACUGCAAUCGCAAACUCCAGCAGCUCCAUACAGAAUGCCUCCCUUCCACAGACUUUCGGAGGAAAACACCUUGUCCAUAUAUUACCAAGGCCAUCUUCUUUGCCAUCUUCCAGCUCUACGCAAACGUUUUCAGUUACAAUGUCCAGUCAACAGCAUCCUCAAACUAUCUCGUUAAAUGGGCAGCUUUUUGCAUUGCAGCCUGUGAUGUCUUCAUCUGGAGCUUCAAAUCAAGCCCCUAUGCAAAUCAUUCAACCCACCACCAGCGAAGAUCCAAAUACCAAUGUUGCCCUCAAUACAUUUGGUGCUUUAGCUAACCUCAAUCAAAGCAUAUCACAAAUGGCUGGACAGAGCUGCCUACACUUGUCUCUCAGCCACCCUACCAAUCCCACAACUGUCAGCAACCAGAUUGCCACAGUUAACUGUGUGUCUUUACCAACCUCUGUGGCAUCUUCAGUACCUGCAGAGGUUUCAGUAUUAACGACUGCAUCUAAUCCAAUAAACACUUCCCCCAAAAAAGCGGCUGCUGGCUUGCCAUCCAGUGCAAAAUCAAAAAGGACAAACAAAAAGCCAAGUACAAAGAAGCACCAAGCAGCCAACAGUAAAGUGUGCUGCCCAGCAGUUCCUUGCAAAGACACAGGGAAGGGUGACUGCACUCCCGUGGAAACGGGAGCAAAGCAUUCCAGUGGUGAGGGGCUGCUUGAAAGCGCUCCAGCAGCAUCACAGGCUUUAACGCCGUCGCAGGCGAGCGGUGCAGCAGCAUCAAGUGGCGUCAACAGUUCUGACUGUCAUUCCAAAGAGUCUGUGAGCUCUGAGCAGGCAGCAAAAACCUGCCCUGUCCCCAAGCUGAGCUCAGAAGAGGCACCUGCUUCCUCACUGCUGAAGUCCGUGGUGUCAGAGCAGCCGGUACACGUCCCACCAGCUGCCAAAGAUGCUGCUGCUCACCAGCAGGCCCAUGGGGCUCAGAACCAGCCACCAACUGGCUCUGCCUUGUCAGAGUCUCCCAAACCCUGUGAACACCCCAGUACCUUAACAUCCUCUCGCACUGAAGCACACGUGACAUGUUCUCAGGUUGCUGGGACGUCAGCAGCACAGAACAGCACAGUGGGUCAUGCUUCCAAGGCAGGAACGAUUCCAGAGUCCUGCAAUGUUGCGCAGGAUACCUCAGUGGUCAUGCAAGAUGCAGACUUAUUAGAAGGACAAGGUCUAACCAAAAUGCUCUCUGAUUUCACAAAGGAAAGAACAGCUGUGGAAAAAACCUCAUCAUAUACUGUUCAGGGGGAGCAUUCUAGUUUUCCCAUGGAAAACUCUAAAUCAGCAGAAUCAAAUGUUGAUUUGCCUGAAAAGCAGGAGCUCUUGCUGAUGAACACAGAAGGUGAUACUCUCUCCCAGCAUCACUCCUGCAUUUCUGAUCAGGAAGUAGUCGGUGCUUCCCUCAUCGCUAGCAGGCAGGCAGACUCCCCCAUGUCAACUAGCUCUGGCAGCAGUCGAGGCUUCUCAGUUGCAUCGAUGUUGCCAGAUACCACCAGAGAAGACAUUACUAGCAGCACCUCAACCAGUACGUGUAACAGCUGCACAUUUUCAGAACAGACAGACAUUGUAGCUCUUGCAGCAAGAGCUAUUUUUGACCAGGAGAACCUUGAGAAAGGUGGAGGAGGAACACAGGUUAACAUGAGGGACGCCAUCUCUAAGUCAACUGAGGUUGCACCUUUGGAGAGAGAGCAACAGCCUUUCAAAACGCAGCCAGGGAAAGAGAACAAUGCAGGACCGUUGGAAGCAGCACCAAACAAAUUCAGUCCUCAGGAUGCAGUACAGACAAAUGUCGAAAGACAGACUGAAAAGCCAAGCUGCUCUGUAGGAGGUGUGGAAACACCAAACACGUCUUUGCCUAUUUCCACUUCACAGUCGCCCAGCAUAACGAGUUUAAGUGUGAAUAAUCUAAUACACCAGAGUCGCAUUGUCCACCCCCACGUGAGUUGCUCAAGCUUAUCCCAGUCCUCAGAGCCAGUAAGUGUCCCUGCAACGGUGAGCCUCUCCCUUCCAUCUAGCAUAUACAUCAAUCAGUCCCCAGGACCUGCUAUGAUGAGUGAAUAUGCUCAGGAACAACUGAAUGCUAUUCGGGCAAGCACCAUGCAGGCUCCCCAGCUGCAGGAAUCACACUUAAAGCAGCAAAAUCAUGAAGGUCGCAAGGACUCGGCCAAGCGGGCUGUGCAAGAUGACCUUCUGCUUUCUACAGCAAAGAGGCAGAAGCAGUGCCAGACAACACCCAUAAGGCUUGAAGGGAUGGCACUGAUGAACCGAACACCGGAGAGCAUUGCUGACCAGACACAGAUGUUGGUCAGUCAGAUUCCUCCUAAUCCAUCCAAUCCAGUGGCAUCAGUGAGCAAUCAAGGGCAUGCGGAUGGCCUUAAUAGGUUAUUCCCAUCAAACAGCAACUUUGUAACACCAGCUUUGAGACAAACUGAAGUUCAGUGUGGUUCUCAGCCCUCGAUUUCAGAGCAGCAAGGCCAGGCAGGGCAGCACUUGCAGCCAAUUCAGCACGUUCCUGCUCAAGGCAUAUCUCACCUUCACAGUAAUCAUCCAUACUUAAAGCAACAGCAGGCUGGUCAGUUAAGAGAAAGGCACCACUUGUAUCAGCUGCAGCACCAUGUCACUCAUGGGGAAAACUCAGUCCACUCCCAACCCCACAGUGUCCACCAACAGCGAACAAUACAGCAGGAGGUACAGAUGCAAAAGAAACGAACUCUCAUCCAGGGAACUCAAGCCACACAACUUUCUCUACAGCAAAAACACCACGGAAGUGAUCAGACACGGCAAAAAGGUGGUCAGCCUCAUCCUCACCACCAGCAAAUGCAGCAGCAGAUGCAGCAGCACUUUGGAGCAUCCCAGCCUGAAAAGAACUGUGAAAAUCCUGCAACAAGCAGGAACCAUCGUAACCACCCUCAGAGCCAUAUAAACCAGGAUAUUAUGCAUCAACAGCAACAAGAUGUUAGCAGCAGACAGCAAGGUUCAGCUUCUGAACAUGUGUCAGGGCACAAUCAGAUGCAGAGACUUAUGACCUCAAGGAGCUUAGAGCAGCAAAUGGUGUCACAAGCGAGUAUCGUAACCAGGCCAUCAGAUAUGACAUGCACCCCUCACAGGCAGGAAAGAAAUAGAGUUUCCAGCUACUCUGCUGAGGCUCUCAUUGGGAAGACACCCUCCAAUUCAGAACAGAGAAUAGGAAUAUCUCUUCAAGGCCCUCGGGUUCCUGACCAGCUUGAAAUGAGAAGCUAUCUUGACGUUUCUAGAAAUAAAGGGUUGGUCAUUCAUAAUAUGCAGGGCCGCUUAUCUGUUGACCAUACGGUUGGCUCAGAAGUGCAGCGGCUUUCUGACUGUCAGACAUUUAAGCCAGCUGGACCCAAUCAACAACCAGCAGGCAAUUUUGAUGGACAGGCUUCAAGGAACAGUGAAAUUAGUAAUUCUGUGUCAUCCCUCAGGGGCAUGCAGUCACAGGCUUUUCGCAUCAGUCAAACGACUGGGCCAUCGAUAGAAAGACAGAAGAGAUUGCCCUACCAGCCAGUACAGGGUAUUCCAACAGGAAACACCCUGCCAUCGAGGGAAAAUGAAAACACUUGCCACCAAAGUUUUAUGCAGAGUUUGCUUGCCCCUCACCUCGGAGAUCAAGUUAGUGGAAGCCAAAGAUCAAUCCCAGAACAUCAAAGGAACACGCAGUGCGGCGCCUCCUCCACAAUUGAGUACAACUGUCCCCCAGCACGGGAGGGCGUCCACAUCCGAAGAGAUGGUGAUGGUCAGAGUAGGGAGAGCUGUGACAUGUCUAUUGGUGCAAUUAACACAAGGAACAGUUCUUUGAAUAUUCCUUUUUCAAGUUCUUCUUCCUCAGGAGAUAUUCAGGGUCGCAACACAAGCCCGAACAUCUCUGUGCAGAAGUCCAAUCCCAUGAGGAUGACAGACAGUCAUGGAACCAAGAGCCACAUGAAUACGCCUGUUUCUAGCAACAUGCAUGGAGUUGUGAGGCCAACUCACCCUCACCCUGCAGUCUCUCACGGAAAUGGGGAGCAAGGGCAGCCUUCUGUUCGUCAGCCAAAUUCCUCAGUUACCCAGCGGUCGAGGCAUCCUCUGCAAGAUAGUGGAGGUUCUAAAAUACGUCAGCCCGAAAGGAAUCGAUCUGGAAAUCAAAGACAUGGAAACGUCUUUGACCCUAGUCUUCCCCAUCUUCCCCUGUCCACCAGUGGCAGUAUGAUCCUUGGGCGCCAGCAGUCUGCCAUAGAAAAAAGAGGGAGCAUUGUCCGAUUCAUGCCUGACAGCCCUCAAGUGUCUAACGAUAACGCGGCCCCUGACCAACAUACUCUCUCUCAGAACUUUGGAUUUCCUUUUAUUCCAGAGGGUGGCAUGAAUCCGCCAAUAAAUGCCAAUGCGUCUUUCAUCCCACCAGUCACUCAGACAAGUGCCACUCGAACACCAGCUCUAAUCCCAGUUGAUCCUCAGAAUACUCUGCCAUCCUUCUACCCACCUUAUUCUCCUGCCCACCCUACCCUUUCCAAUGAUAUUUCUCUCCCUUACUUUCCCAAUCAAAUGUUUCCUAACCCAAGCACAGAGAAGCCAAGUAGUGGGAGUUUAAACAAUCGAUUUGGAUCCAUUUUGUCUCCUCCCAGGCCCGUUGGUUUUGCUCAGCCCAGUUUUCCUCUGCUUCCAGAUAUGCCACCAAUGCACAUGACCAACACGUCACACUUGUCCAAUUUUAACUUGACGUCUUUGUUUCCAGAAAUAGCCACAGCUCUUCCUCCAGAUGGUUCAGCGAUGUCGCCUUUGCUUUCCAUUGCAAACACAUCUGCUUCAGAUUCUUCCAAGCAGUCCUCAAACCGACCUGCCCACAAUAUAAGCCAUAUUCUAGGUCAUGACUGCAGCUCAGCUGUAUGAAAACUGAUAAACUGACUUCUAGUCUGAUCUGUUGUUUAUAUAUUUAAGAAGAAGAAGAGGGUGGAUCUCGCUGGCAUCCCUGCAGAGACCAUUCAUAGCAUCACUCUUUAUUUGCCUAAAUGUAUGUAUAUGGGUACUUUUUGUAUUUAUAUACACACGGAACUUCUACCCACAUUACUAACUCUGAAACACCAGUGCCUAUAGCAAUGCUCACUUACUAGUAUAACAGUAAGGAUGCAACAUUGAGAGCUGUGCAAAUACUGGUUGUUGAUUUUCCAACAAUCAAAUUUGAUGUCCAGUUGUUCCAGGGUAAGGGCCACCCUCAGUAACAUACGGAUGUAAAGAAUGGAGUGAGGGCAUCCGUAUGGGAAACAAGAAACAAUUGCAGGUUUCAUUUUUUUUCUGAUGCAUUUACCUGAAACUACAGACAAACUUGAAUGGUUUCUCUUUUUCCUUUGUAAAAUAUCUUCAGGAACCUCAGUGCAGGUCAAGUCUGUGUUAACCCAGCAUUAAUUGAUGAAGGCGUUUGUUGUGCAGCUUUUGUCUCUUUGAAGCGUGUCACAUGUACUUGACUUAAGGCUGACUUUACCUGGCAAAAAUUGCUGUGUGUUUCCACAGUUAGCAAUUAAAAAUACUGUUUUAGAAAAAUGCAGAUUUCUUUAACCCAUGACUUUCUGUUUUGAGGAAGAAUUUGGUUUGGAUCUGUUUUAACAACAGCUUCAGUUACUGGUGAACUUGGUUGACCUUUCCAUGUAGCUUAUGAUUCCUUCGGGUGUAGACAGCAGAGACAGCAGUCAUAUUUGUUGCUAUUUCAUUGUAUGCUGCAAGUUACCUCAGGGUGGGUUUUGUACCUUGUUUAGCACCUUCUUAAUGUCUUUUUUCCCCCA